AGCAGGUUGUAGCUCAUUGCCUUUCUCCUGGUGGACAGCUAGUGAAACAAACUGUCUUUGAAAGCUGGUCCUAGUUAAGCCCACAACAAUACUUAGUUAAAACCUAUUUCUUGUGGUAAAUUGGUAGCCCUCAUUGAUGAUUAAGAUAUUGUAGUUGUAGUUCCUGUUGUGAUGUUCUUGAGUUGUGAUCAAACUAACGUUAGCUAUUGUUUACAUGGCUCGUAAGCUAAGAGUUAACUAAGGCUAGCCAGAGCUACUUACGGUGGCUGCGAUCUAGCUAAUUAGCCAGCUACCAGACGUUGAGCAUUCCACCAGUAAUAAACCAGGUGUGGUUAGCCAGCAAACAUAUUAAACACCUCUGCUAGUUAGCUCGAUAUGUUUUGUUUUCAAGUUGAUGCCAUUGCCAACAUUUAAUAACAUUCAGUGACAGUAUUGAUAAGUGCUGCACAUUUUGCUGAAAUGGUGUGGAAAGGCAUAUUAUGGCAUACAACCAUACUGUCUAUUAAGUUAUGACAGUUCAUUUGAUUUGCCAUAUCCACGAAUAGCUGUUAGCAAUUUGGUUUAGCAUUAGCUUAUAACGUUAGCCUUAUUGACUCAGCUAUCGUAGCACCCAUUCCCAGCGAAAUUCAUUCACGUUAGGCUCGUUUUAUGUUUAUGUCGUUUUAAAAGUGGAAUUGCAUAACAACAUUUUAUUAACAGACAUGUAACGUUCAAUUGGAUUAUUACCCAUUCCGUUUCAAAACAAACUAUUGUCUGAAUUUGAACUUCAAGACUAACCUUAGUCAACAACAGCACACAUACAAGCUUCCAAGCUAUCAAGCCAACCAACCAGAAGCUAGCUUGGUUGCUAGCUAAAAGAUAGAACAAAAGCACUGAGAAAACAUGCUUUGAAUUGUCAUCGAAUGAAACCUGCAUUGUUCAGUGUGUUAUGUGAGAUAAAAGAAAAAACUGGUUUGUCUAUGCGCAAUGCCCAGGAGGAGGAGCCACCAGAUCCCCAGCUUAUCCGAUUGGACAACAUGCUGCUGGCUGAAGGUGUGGCAGGCCCCGAGAAAGGGGGUGGGGCUGCUGCUGCGGUGUCCGCCGCGACCAGUUCAGGCGGGAUGUCCCCGGACAGUUCACUGGAACACUCUGAUUACAAAACCAAGUUGAGUCAGAUUCGGACUAUAUAUCACACCGAACUGGAGAAAUACGAGCAGGCUUGCAACGAGUUUACCACCCACGUGAUGAACCUGCUGCGGGAGCAGUCGCGCACGCGGCCCGUUUCUCCCCGCGAGAUCGAGCGCAUGGUGGGCAUCAUCCACCGCAAGUUCAGUGCCAUUCAGACACAGCUCAAGCAGAGCACCUGCGAGGCCGUCAUGAUCCUGCGCUCACGCUUCCUCGACGCCAGGCGCAAGCGGCGUAACUUCAGCAAGCAGGCUACAGAGGGCCUGAACGAGUACUUCUACUCACACCUGUCCAACCCGUACCCCAGCGAGGAGGCCAAGGAGGAGCUGGCCAAGUCGUGCGGGAUCACCAUCUCACAGGUGUCCAACUGGUUUGGCAACAAGAGGAUCCGUUAUAAGAAGAACAUCGGCAAGUUCCAGGAAGAGGCCAACAUCUAUGCCAUGAAGACGGCCAUCGGGGCCACGCAGCAGAGCGAGGACUCGCCGCACACCCCCAACUCCACCGGCUCAGGCUCCUUCUCCCUGUCGGGGUCCGCUGACCUCUUCCUUGGAGUGCCUCCAAUGAACGGAGCCGAACAGUCGGCCUACCACUUGGGAGCCCAGACUAACGGAACCUGGCAAGAUCAGAACACUCCGCCGUCGGCCACCCCACCCAUCAGUGACCACUCGGACAACUCCGACUGACGGAGCGGCGGCUCUCUGAACAGGCCUGCCAGGCGUCGGUCGACACACACCUGACUGAUGAUGACGGCGAUUAGACAGAACGAAUGAUGGUCACUCUUUAUCCUCCACCCCCCACCACCACACCCCCCUCCCGUUCCCUCACAUCGCAGUUUUCACCUUAUUUCUCAAGUCAGUUAACGUGCUUCUUCACUAUGUGUGUGUGUGUGUGUGUGCGAGAGAGAGGGUUUGUGUGUGUGUGUGUGUGUGUGUGUGUGUGUGUGUGUGUGUG